AUGGCUGACAGCCAUGAAUUCCGCAGAAGAAUCCUUCUGCUUGCCACAACAGGCGGGUUUACUCAUGCAGCUCCAGUUCUCGAAAUAGGCGCCGUCCUCGCCUCUCGGGGCCAUGAGGUCCAAUUCGCUACCUGCGCAGGCCAGGAAGAUUGGACAGCUAAUUAUCCCUUCAUUAAAACCGUAUACACAGUCGGUCCCGCCGCUUCGGAAGAUGAUUUGGAUGUCCACUACGAAACAAUGCGUCUUUGGCGUCAUGAGCACGGCUUCGGUCCCAUGAUGAGGUCAAAAUACUUUUUUGACAACUUCUGGACUGAUACUUACAAGUCUCUUCGAUCUCUGUGUGAAAAUGACUCUACGAGACCUGACUUUAUCGUUGCAGAUUUCUUCGCCGAUAGCGCUGCGAGGGAUAUGUUCAAGCAGUUCAAUAUCCAACUAGCGAGCGUCUGGCCUCAAAUGCCUUAUGCCAUGGCUCCUGUCAGUUAUCAUCCCGGCCAGCCUGGGUUUCAAGCCGAUGGUGCCUUAACUUCGGAGCAUGCUCCUCUAUCAUCGCGGUUCUGGAACGAAUUUGUGGUUCUCGCCGCGCUGCCUGCUAUCAUCCCCUGGUUAAUAUGGACCAAACGAAUGCGUGUUGAUGCUGGCGUCAACUACAGUCACUCUCUUCUCUCCAAGCCUGACUAUCUUGUUCUGGUCAACUCCUUCUGGGGCCUUGAAGCACCGAAGGAAUUGCCGCCUCUCAUGGCACCUGUUGGACCUAUCUUGAGCGACGAAUACCUUCCAAUAGACGACGACCUGGCUCAGUUUCUGAGCAACCAUGAUAGGACCAUCUACGUGUGCCUGGGAACGCAUGUCAAUCUUCCGGGUAAAGAACUUGAAAAGUAUCUCCUUGGAUUCAUCCAAGCUCUCGACGAAGACUCGAUCAAUGGAGUCAUAUGGUCUAUUCCCCAAAAGCCUCGCGCCAAUUUCGACACCAUCAAGUCUUAUAGUCUAUCUGAUGGUUCGAGCAUAUCCAUCACUGAUCUUCUGAACGAUUCUCACCCACAUUUUCGGCUUCCCAUCUUUGCACCACAACGCGCCAUCCUAGCACACCCUCAUACAGUCCUCUUUCUCACUCAUGGGGGCGGUUCCAGUGCCAACGAAACUCUCUUCCAUGGAACACCAGUCCUCGCUAUCGGAUACUUCUUCGACCAGCUCUGCAACAGUGCCCGACUAAAAGCCGCUGGUGUAGGUAUGUCUCUCGACAAAUCCUACCUGACACCAUCCUCCAUCUCCUCCGCUAUUGCAAACAUCACAAAUGACGAAGACGGUUCCUUUGCAAUAAAUGUCCGUCGUAUGCAAGGCAUAGCAGCUCUCAACUCUAAACGCAAACAUGUUGCAGCUGAUCUCAUCGAGGAAGUUAUGAUAGACCAAGAACUUCGGUUCAAGAAAGGUGUUGAGUUACGGCCAAUGCAUCUGCAGACAGCGGAUAUGCGUAUGCCGAUAUGGAAGGCGAGGAAUUGGGAUAUGUGGUCCAUAAGCCUCACGGGUCUCGCAGUUGGUGGCGUGGCAAGUUGGUGGUUUGCAACACAUGGCUGGAAGAAGUUGCCCGUCAUACUGGCACGCUCUGUAAGACUCAGUAGAGGAUUUGCGAGGGGAAUACUUGAUAGUCCCAGAUCAUAG